AAUGGCGCCUAACAUCCUUAUAGAAAGCUUCUUUACAACGGUUUUGCGUCCCUAAAUGCUGAUAUUACGCGAUCAACCGAGCCACAAGCUAAAUUUUUCGAAAAUAUUUGAAAAUUCCGAGAAAAAUUUGCGGAUCCUGUUUCAAAUAAACGAAUACUGAAGCUCCAACAGGUCCAACAGGUAUUUUAGUUUCGGCUAUUUGAGGACCCGCGAACUUAUAAUACAAUUAACGCACUAUAGGAAGAAAAAGAGUUCCCAAGACAGUUGGAACUAUGUAAGCGGAACGGACACGGAUUUUUUUCAACCAAGUACUGCUACUUUCACAACGUAGUGCAGAAGCGUCAACUAUGUCAACACCCACUAGAAGUUUUCGAUAGAGAGGUUUUGCGCAACACUUAUGGUCCGCUGAACAUUGGCAACGGCGAAUACCGCAGAUGAUGAGCUGUACAAGUUAUUCGACGACAUUGACAUAGUUCAGCGAAUAAAAAGACAGCCGCUACUCUGGCUAGGUCAUGUUGUUCGAAUGGACGAAAACACUCCAGCUUUGAAAGUUUUCGAUGCAGUAUCCGUCGGUGGAAGCAGAGGAAGCGGAAGGUCCUCACUUCUUUGGAAAGACCAGGUGGAGAGCGAUCUGGUUUCACUUGGGAUUUCCAAUAGGUGCCGAAUUGCGAAGGAAAGAGAAGUUUGCCGCGCUAUUAUCGAAUCGGCUAUAAUCGCCUAAGCGGUUCCUACGCAAAACUCCACCACGAUACCACUGUGCCGGGAGAACUGUACUUAGUAAAGUAUCUGAAGUAGAAACGCGACCAUGCGCAAGCUGCCACACAACAAUAUAAACUACAAGAGAGCGUUACAGCUGUCGCACAGCUAUACAUAUACACACACAGGCAUUCAGUCGAUUAGAAUUCACACCGAGUGAUAUUUAGAUAUUUUUGCCACGACAGGCAUACAACCACAACAACAGCGCGCACUGUAUCAGCAUUUUACAGGAAUAUAGAAGAAGAGUGGUGGGCUGGUCAGGGGCCUGGUGUACAUACAUAUAUACAUCUGUAUGUUUGUAACAUAAAAGCGAGUGAUUCACAAAAAUGCUCAACCAAACUACCUCCCCUGCCGAUAGGGCACGGCGCUGACUACUUGCAGCUUUGGGGCUCAAUCGAUUGCUGCUAGCAUACAGUGCGACUCGUCGUCUUCUACGCUGAAAUAUACAAAAAUACAAACAAAAACAAUAAGCAACAACAGCAAAGCGUGGAAUAAGUAAACAAAAUGUGUACUCUUGAAAUGAACGCAGAGAAUGCAACGAGAUAAGAAGAAACGGAGAUAAAGCGGCAGCGGAAAGUCUAUGUGUGUGUGUAUGGAGCUUGUUGAUGCCGAAAGAGGCCAAGAGUAGGCCGUUGGCAACUUUUGAUACAUAUAGAUGUAUACUACAUAUAUAAUAGUUGUCGAGCAACCAUCAGUGUUGUUGUUAUCGCUUCGUCUUUACGCUACACAUUGAGGCCGUUUUCCUGCUAUCAUAUUUUCAUAUGUCGCCAACGUUAACGUUCUAAUUGUUUUUGCUUUCCUUUGGGGCUGUUUGUUGUGUUUUUGCCUUCUUCGCGUGUUUGCUGUUGUUGCCAUUUCGUGUGUAUACUUUGAAUUUCGUUUAACAGGCACAUCUUUAGCGCUACGUCGUCGAAACACGUCGUGCAACGUGAACAAUGCCGACGAAAUCGUUCACAUGUAAAAUUUAGCGGAGAGGACGGAGCGGAGCGGCCAGUAGCUCGAUAGCACACCACGUAUACCGAGCGCACGGUGAACGAGUAAUGCACAGUGGUGGAGAGUAAGUAAAAAAUAAGCGCUAUCAAUCUUGUAUUUACUUCUCCCGGAAUCAUUGGAUAUUACAAUACUUCAAACUUUGGAGACUUAUGAAAUCAACAAAUAACUGGUAUAAGUCAAUUACGCAGGUGCUACUGCUUUGUCAACAUCCGAUGAGACGCCACUAGAAGUUUUCGCAAGAAAGGUUUUGCGGAAGAUUUAUGGUCCUUUGAAAAUUUACAGCGGCGAAUACCGCAGACGUUAGAACGAUGAGCUGUACGAGUUAUAUGAAGACUUUGACAUAGUUCAGCAAAUAAAAAGAAAGGCUAAGCCAUGUUGUCCGAAUGGCCGAAAGUUCUCCAGCUUUGAAAGUGUUCGAUGCAGUACAUGCCGGUAUAAGCAGAAGAAGAGGAAUCUAUCCGUUGGAUAGAUCGCGUGAAGAGCGAUCUGGUUUCGCUUGGUAUUUCCAAUUGGCGCCAAAUUUCAAGAAGAAGAAAUUAAUGAAAUGAUUGGCGCGCUGUUGUUAACUCAGCUAUAAUGAAAUAAGCUUUGUCUACGCCAGUAAAAAACCAGUAGAUGGACGGCUUGUUACUGCACCACUUGGUUUCGCUUGGUAUUUCCAAUUGGCACCAAAUUGCAAAAGGAAGAAAUGAAUGAUGUACAUAAUCGCAUAAGCGGUGUCUACGUCAGUAUAAAAGAAGAGGAGUGGAGGCAACAAAAACAAAAAAACAACAACAACAAAAGUGUUGUUGUGUAAACAAGUAUUAAAAACAAGCAACGGCCAAAAAUAGUAGCGCAGCGCUAUUAAAUAAUCACGAAAAAAAUACGAAAAAACGCAACGCGCACAAGUCGGCGUAAAAUAAACAAAGCGCCAACAACAACAGUAAUAAAUAAAUAAAAAAUUAAGCAUAAAUAAACAGCAAGUAAAAAAUGAAAAUGGAAAAUCCACAAUUGCCGCGUGUGUUGCGGCUGGCCGAGUCGUCAAGCAGCGACUGCCAACAACAGCAGUUUUAGUGUAUAUUAGUGACGCGACAUUUAACACACGACAAGUGUAAAGUGUAUUUAACUGUUUAAACGUUAUUUUCUUCAAGCAAAUUGAACUUUGAAACGCGUUACGCGCAACAAGCAAAACAAAAAGAAAAAAAUUUAAAAACGCAGUUCCUCACUACGUACAGUUGAAACGUGCAGUAUUGUCAGUUUUUAUAUUUGCAUAAAUACAUACAUAUAAACAACAACAAAAUUAAAUAAAAACAGGAAAAAAUUUCAAAAAUAACAACAACAAACAACUUGCAACAAAUCGCCGUGUUUUCUCACGUUGCAACAUUUUGCAGCUGUGCGCAUACUAACCGGGUGAGCUUAUUGCCUGAAAACAGGUCGUGCAGCAACGACAUACAUACACAUAUAUAGCGAAAAAAGCGAAAUUUGUGUGUGUGUGUAAUAUAAGCAAACAAUAAACAAACGUGCCGUGCAGAAAAAACCAGUUGCCAUUUUGUACGCCCCAGUUAAAAAGCGUGCUGCAAGUGCGCGCGCAACAACAACAACUACCAGCCACAAUAUAGCAGGGUCAAGCAACCACCUACACCACCAACCAUACAACGUCGCACGCUUCCCCAGCAGCAGCAGCAGCAGCAACAGCAACAGCAACAGCAACAUGUCGCUACAAACCAAACGUCAGCAUUGCUAUCUGUGCGAUCUGCCACGCAUGCCCUGGGCCAUGAUCAAUGACUUCUCCGAGGCUGUGUGUCGCGGUUGUGUCAACUAUGAGGGCGCCGAUCGCAUCGAACUCGUACUGGAUGCGGCACGUCAAAUGAAACGUUUGCAUCAGGCGGCCAAACGUAGUCAUGAGAAUGGUGAGGUUGUCGCACAGCAGCAACAGCAACAACAACAGCAGGCACAACAGCAACAGCAAGCCGCUGUAGCGGCUGCGCAGGCGCAACAUCGCAGCGCUGGCGGUGCGCCUAUCAAUGUGGGUGUCGGUGUGGGCGUUGUGGGGCCACAACAGCAACAGCAGCAGCAGCAACAUCAUCACGGCUAUGCGACACAACGCAUUGGAUUGCCACCACCACCACAGGCUGGCGGUCUGAUGGAUUUCCCAGUGAAAAUGGAAGCGCAUGACGCGAGCGUGCGACCAGUGCGCAUCUCACAUAUGGCACCGCAUCACAUGUCGAUGACAAAUCGUGCUGUGGCUGCUGCCGCCGCCGCUGCGGCGGUCGCUUCGAAUGUUGGCGUUGUGGGGCCGGUACCGCCAGUGUUAUCGGUGAAAUUGAAGCGGCCACCAUCCGAGGAUGAUGAUCAUGCGCAUGUCGGUGAUGGCGGUGGUGGUGGUGGUGGCGCCGGUAAUGGCCCGAAUCCGAUGAAGCGCAGCGCUAUUGAUGAUCCCAAUGUACCACGUCCACCGUUGACACGCGGCGAUUCGCUGCCGGCGGCAGUCUCUUUUGUGCCCGAUCAGCAGGGCGGUUUGCGUGAUAAACAUCAGCCAGUGCGUGCGCCAUCUUUUGAUGCGUCCUCCUUCAAGCCGGGUGUUUAUGUGCCGCCCAUGCCACAUCCGGUUGUGCCGUUAGGCAAUUCGACGUCACCAGCUUUGUCGUCAUCACACCAACAGCAACAACAACAACAUCCACAACAUGCACAACAAAUAUCACUACAACAACAACAACAACAACAUCAACAACAACUACCACCUCAAUCUCUAGCACCACCAUCACACCAGUCAAUAGCACCACCACCUCUGCCACAAUUACCAACAACCGCCUGUUCAGUCACACAAUUAGCACAAAGUCCGAUGGCUAAUCUCAUGUCAAUUACAGAGACAUUACCACCGGGUAGUCCAAGGAAUGGACCGAGUCCACCGGGACCGCCGCCACCGCGCACAGCAUCACGCGGUAGCCAACAUUCACCGAAUAGUUCGGCCGGCUCUUCGUCCGGACGUCGUUCGUCGGGUUCACGACACGUCUCGAGCACCACAGUCACCAGCUCCGAGGUGCAAUCGAGUCCAGCGAAUACACCACAAGUGGGACCCGGUAGCGGUCCCAGCGGCGGCAACGCUAACAAUGGCGGCGCAGUCAAUGUGAGUAGCGGCAGUGGUGGUAAUGCUGGUGGCAACAAUGGACCGCUGCCACCGGGCGCAAGUGGUGCGGAUGCAAAUGUCGGUGGCAACAGCAAUGGUCCAGGCGGUAAUAACAGCAAUGGACAAGGCAGUGGCGGCAUGAAUGCAGCAAAUGCUGCAGCAAGUGGUGGCGCGUCAGCGUCAAAUGCGGCAGCCGCUGCACAAAAUGCCACACUCAAGUGCACAUUGUGUCAGGAGCGGCUGGAGGAUACACAUUUCGUGCAGUGUCCGUCUGUUAAUCAUCAUAAGUUCUGCUUCCCCUGCAGUCGAGAGAGCAUCAAGCGGCAAAAUGGUCUUGGCAAUGAGGUGUACUGCCCUAGUGGCGAUCGCUGUCCCUUGGCUAAUUCAACGAUUCCUUGGGCUUUUAUGCAAGGCGAAAUUACCACUAUACUGGGUGAGGAGGUUAAGGUGAAGAAGGAGCGUGAAUCUUAAUGUCCAUUUUAUUGUAAAAAGCUGCGACGGGCUUUGGAGAAUUUUUAAACAAAAACACUUGAAACUGGGUGGCAAGCGCGCAAAGCAAGAAAUGUUGUUUUUUU